AUGGAGAUCCGCCUGCGCUUCACUUUCCUCGAGUUCAGCGAUGAGCGGGAUACACAACCAUCGGCUGUGCGUUCUUCGAGUCUUCCACCAUCUUUUGCACCUCGAACAUCUCACAAGACUCGCAGCUCCAGCUUCAGGCAAGACACCGAUGGGGAGCAAGUCCAGCGGCAGCUUGACAACAACACCUCAGGCAGCUUACCAUCUGAUUCAGACUGGUUGCCACGGGACUUCACUUGUGCCGGCAGUGCUGGUCAUCCUCACUUGUGUUCCCGUCCCUGUGUCUACAUGCUGAAAGCUGGUCAUUGCUCGGGUGGUGUGGGCUGUGGCUUUUGCCAUCUCCCGCACCAACAGCUCCGUGAGCAGAAGCUUGCCAAGAAGGCACGGGCCCUGCUGCAAGCCAUGCCGAAGCCAGAUUUUAUCAAGAUGAUGUGGUCCCUUAUUCGAGAGAAACUUCUCUGUGCGGGCCAGGAAGUGAUUUGGACAGUGCACGGUAUCUUGGAGGAGGAGAUGCACCACCACGAGACAUCCACCCCUGAAGGCGAUCUUCGCGUGUUCAGCCAAAGCCAGAUCUGGAAGCUGCAGCAAGAGAUUCAGAGGACCCGCAUGAACUUGGCAUCUCUGCUCGCGUUUAUUGCGCGCCGGUGCCAUGGACGUAACCAGGGUCGUCUGCGCGACAUGCUGACAGACAUGCGUCAGCGUGCCGGAGAUAUUUGA